UGGGGAGACAAGAAGGGUUCAAAAUAAAAGAAAAUAAAAGAAAAUGAAAAAACAGUCCUCCACCCUUGUCUGCAGAAAAGCCUGACCGCCUUUCUGGUUGGUUUGUUUACCUUUUACCGACAUUUUCCUCCUCAGGCUCCUGUCCGUCACCGUUCUUUCACCUGUCUAGACGUCUCCCCUCUUCCCCUUCCAGACAAUCCGACUCACCGACUUCCAUGGGUGUUGCUUGCAUAGCCGCUUAAUCCGAUUGUUUCUUCACCACCGUCUUCAUCUUCUUGCAUUGCUCUGGCAAUCCCUUCCACCGACUGACUGACUGAACUCUGCCGCGUCGCCUGCCUUAACCGACAACUCCCUCCAAUCAUGGGCAACGUUGUUUCAGUCUUCUCCCCGGGCAACGGUCACCGUAUCGAGGGUUCCAGGGAGGAGCUUGAGCAGAAGCUGGCCGACAGAGAGGAGACCAUCACUGUCCUAGAGGAAGACCUCUCCAAGAAAGAGAAGCAGUACACCUCCCUCUCUUCCGAGGCUGAGGACUUGCGCAAAAAGGUUCAAGAGCUCGACACUCAAUUGACCUCGUCCAAGGACGAGACCAAGGCCCGCAUUGCCACCCUCGAGUCCGAGCUUGCCGCCAGCAACGACAAAAUCGCCCAGCACCUCCAAGCCAACGGUGCCGCCGAAUCCCAGCGCUCUCAGGAGCUUGACGCCGCAAAGAAGCAGCUCGACAAGGUCCAGCAGGAGAAGAAGGCCCUCGAAGAUGAUCUCGCUGCCGUGAAGGAGGAGUUGGCCCAGGCCAAGAAGGACCGUGAGACCCUCGAGCUCUCGCUGCGCGACGAGAUCAAGUCGCUGCAGGCCCGCCUGACCGACGCUGAUCAGGCCCGCUUCACCCUCCAGGAGACUCUCGACAAGAUCAAGGCCGACGCUGACUCGACGACCAAGUCGCUCGACGAGAAGACCGCGGCGCUGACCGCUCUCGAGGGUAAGCUCUCGACCCUAGAGGGCGAGCACACCAAGCUCAAGACCGCCACCGAGGCCGAGCUUGCCGCCGCAGGAGAUAAGCACAAUGCUCUCCAGCAGGCCCUCGACAAGCUCCGAGCUGACUCCGACUCGGAGCUCGCCGCCGCUAAGAAGGAGCUGAGCGAUGCUCAGGAUAAGUUUGCUGCUCUCCAGCAGACCCACGACGACCUCAAGAACGGUUCUGAUGUCGCCGUAUCUGCGGCCCAGAAGGACCUGGCCGACGCCAACGAGAAGCUCGUUGCUCUUCAGCAGACGUUCGAUCAGCGCAAGUCAGAAGCCGAUGCGGAACUUGAGGCUGCCAAAAAGGAGUUGGCCGACGUACAAGCCAAGUUCGCCGAGCUCGAGAAGAAACACAACGAGCUCAAGGCCGGCUCUGAGGAGCAAGUUUCGACAACAAAGAAGGAACUUACCGAGGCACAAGAGAAAGUUGCGACCUUGCAGCAGACCAUCGAUGCCCUCAAGUCCGACUCCGCCUCCGAGCUUUCGACCACCCAGAAGGAGCUUGCCGAGGCACAAGAGAAGCUUGCCGCGCUGCAACAGAGCAAUGACGAGGCCAAGGCCGAGUCCGAGCAGGAGCUUGCUUCCGCCAAGAAGACCCUCGCCGAGACCGAAGAGAAACACGCAAAGCUGCAGGCUAUUCAUGAGGCCGAGCUUGAAUGCGCCAAGAAGAAUCUUGCUGAGUGGGAAGAAAAGUACAGCACCUUGGAGCAGACGCUCAAGGCGCAGCACGAGGCCCAGUCCAGCGCCAGCGCCGAGCUCGAGUCGGCAAAGAAGAGCUUGGCCGAGUCGGAGGAAAGGUACGCCAACUUGCAACAGGCUCACGAUGCUGAGCUCGAGACCGCCAAGGCGAGUGUCGCCGAUUGGGAAGCCAAAUACAACAAGCUUCAAGAGUCUCAGUCAAGCUCAGCUGCCGAGCUCCAAUCGGCAAAGAAGAAGCUGGCCGAGACGGAGGAGAAGUACAAGACGUUGCUGGAGUCCCAAGAAAAGACCCAGUCUGAUUCUAACGCCGAGUUGGAAGCUGCAAAGAAGAACGUUGCGGAGUGGGAGGACAAAUUCAAGGCUCUGCAGAAGACGCACGACAAGGCCCAAUCGGACGCUGCAGCUGAGGUUGCCUCGGUCAAGCAGAGCCUGGCUGAUUCCGAGGCGAAGGCAAAGUCAUUGGAGGAGUCUCACCAGAAGGCCCAGGCCAAUUCUGAGACGGAACACUCAGCCACCAAGAAGAUCUUGUCCGACCUUGAGGAGCAGCACAGUGCCUUGCAGAAGACCCACGAAGAGAAUAAGACACAAUCUGUCGAAGAGUCGUCCCGCUUGAGUAAAGAGCUAAAGGUUCUGCAAGCUAAGUUUGCUGACCUCGAGAAGGCCAGUGAGACCGCUCAGAAGGACGCGUCUGCGGAGCUGGAGAGAGCCAAGAAGGACGCUGCCAGCUGGGAGGAAAAGGCCAAGGAGUCCAGCUCUGCUAGUGACUCCCUCGCCAAGGAGCUUGACGCGGCUAAGAAAAAUUUGGCGGCUGCCGAAGAACGCGCGAAAGAGACCCAGGCCAAGCUCGAGGCUGAGCUGCAGAAGCUUCGCGAGGAGCUUGCCAAGCCUGCCGCUGUCAACGGCGAGAAGCCCGUUUCCGAGGCUGCCGAAGGGGCCGGACCUAAGGAGACCGUCACCGCAUGAAUAAAGAUGACUGGAAAGAUCAGUGUACAAAGGUGAAGGGUGACUUUGAUUUCGCUGCGGAGGAAUAUACAUCAACCAAGAUACCAGAGAAGAGUACCGUAACGAUGUACUUAAUAGACUAAUCCCCUCAUGAGCUAGAUGAAUCAUGAUGCGUGAAAUUAAUUACUUCUAAUCUAUAAUGUAUAGGCAAGGAGUUAACUAUAGUAAUUCCUAUUAACUAAAUUAUAAUUAUUUAUUACACUAGUUAAUUAAUAUUAAGUAGCUCUAGGAAAUAUAAAAUAACUGCU